AUGCCCUCAGAACUCUCCUUCACCCUCGAUGGUACCGGUUCCUUGAUGCGAACCUCACUUCAGCUGUUCUGUUCAUACGCCGUCGCAAGAGUAUCAAGUCGUCACAUUAUUGAAAGCGGAAUUCUCGCCGUCUCGUCAUGUUUCACCGCCAAAAGAAUGUCUACUCGUUCAAGACAAUAUCGGCCCUCUAGAUUUGAUGACGUGGAAGAUAUCGAGAGCUAUACUACUGGAGGAUUCCAUCCAGUCCAUCUUGGAGAUUUAUUUCAAGACAGGUACAAAAUUCUUCACAAGCUUGGCUAUGGUGGUUUCUCGACAGUGUGGUUAGCCCUCGACGAACAGAAGCACCGACGAGUUGCCUUGAAAAUCAUGCGAGCUGAAGCAUCCUCGCACUGUUCAGAGCUCGAGAUCCUUCAGCGACUAGGACGUAGUCCCAAUGAUGCCUCGGGGAGAAAGAACGUCACAUCGUUGUUCGAUCAUUUUACGAUCGAUGGACCAAAUGGGACACAUAUGUGUCUUGUCUCUGACGUAGCAGGGCCAAGUGUGGCUGCUUUGAAUGACUGUCCUGGUAAAGUUGCAGGUAGUCGAAGAUUACGAUCAGAUCUUGCUCGGAAGAUUGCGAAACAAACUGUGGAGGCGCUGAAGUUUGUCCAUUCGCAUAAGCUGUGUCAUGGUGAUAUCACUGCCUCAAAUCUGUUAUUCCAGCUUGCUUCCAUCAACGAGUGGUCAGAAGAUGAAGUUUGCCAGCGGUUUGGUGAACCUCGGAAAGAUCUUAUUCUCACUAUUUCUGGCUGCGAACCUGGAAGAUCUGCCCCUCGAUACCUAGUUGAGUCGGCUAACCUACUAGAUCCGCGGUUCCUGGCUGAAGACAUACUACUGGUUGACUUUGGCCAAAGUUUCGUAGUUGAUAACCCCCCACAAGCGGAAGACAUUGGCAUACCAUUUUCAUAUUGUGCACCGGAGGUUAUCUUUGAUUCGAAGGUGAGCAAGUGCUCUGAAAUAUGGGCGUUAGGGUGCGUUAUUUUCGAGCUGAGGGCAGGUCAACAGCUGUUUCCGAGUUGGUCUGGAGGACAGGACGAGAUCUUGCGCCAGAUGGUCCAAACAUUGGGAAUAUUACCAGAUGGAUGGUGGAAUGCUUGGGAAAAGCGUACCAAUUUCUUCAACGACGAUGGAAAGCCAAAGCAAGAGUGGAGUGAUGGCAUCCCAAAAGCUGUUGAGUAUCCGAUAAGUGAAAUUAUAGGAGAUAUUGGAUCUGAGGAUGAAGAGGAAAAGGAGCCGCGAAAAUCUGAAGCAAUUUUGGAGCCCAGUGGUACCAGUGUGCCCCUUGAGGAAGCGGCACAAAUGAAUGACCUUUUGGAUCGCAUCUUUAAGUGGGCGCCAGAAGAGAGAAUUUCUCUUGACGAUAUUCUCAACCAUUCUUGGUUCGGGACGAAGCAUAAGGACCCUUUUUAA